GGUUCCUAAUGACGGUUUUCCUACUCUCGUCGCUCGCGGGAAGUGUUUGGACCGACAACUCCACCGGUUUCGAGGGACCGAGGUUCGUUUCACCAAUAACAAACGUGACGGUCUCAAUGAACAGAGACGCCGUGCUUCACUGCGUCGUCGCGAAUCUUUCUAUCUACAAGGUGGCGUGGCUGCGAGUGGACACGCAAACAAUCUUGACGAUAGAGACUCACGUGAUUACGAAGAACAGAAGAAUUACAAUAACCCACACUGAUCACAAAUCAUGGCAUCUGCACAUACACGACGUGCGUGAAACCGAUCGAGGCGCUUACAUGUGCCAGAUAAAUACUGAACCGAUGAAGAGCCAGACUGGUUACCUGGAAGUUGUAGUUCCACCCGAUAUUUUGGAUAAUUCUACGAGCACCGACAUGGUGAUUCGCGAAGGAACCAACGUGACAUUGCGUUGCGCAGCCGCGGGAUUGCCAACGCCAAAUAUCACUUGGAGAAGAGAGGACGGAGAAACUAUACGUCUGAGCAACGGAGAAGAAGUGAGAAACGUAAACGGAUCGGUCUUCAAUAUCACGAAGAUAAACAGAAUGCAGAUGGGCGGAUAUCUGUGCAUCGCUUCCAACGGAGUACCGCCUACAGUCAGCAAAAGAAUAAUGCUCACAGUGCAUUUUCCUCCAACGAUUUAUAUACAGAAUCAGUUGGUAGGAUCGAAGGAAGGGCAGGAUAUGACUCUGGAGUGUAAUUCAGAAGCAUUCCCGAGAUCGCUGCAUUAUUGGAAGAAGGAAAACAACGAGACGAUAGAAUCUGGGGCGAAGUAUAACCUGUCGCAAACGAUAAGUACGUACAAGGUACACAUGUUACUCACUAUACUAUCGGUGAGAAUGACCGAUUACGGAACCUAUAAAUGCAUAUCACGGAAUUCUAUCGGAGAAACGGACGGCACCAUUACUCUCUAUCAUAUUCCAUCACCGACAACGGAAUUGAAGACGACGACUACAACCCCAAUCCCAACGAUUCAGGAAGUUGAAAAUAUACAAAACUCGCGACAGAGACCGUUCCCUGGCGCAGAACUCGGUCCAGAUCAAAAAUCGGAUUCGUCGCUACCCAAUAUGAUUCGAAACGAUGAUAUUCGACUACACGGUAGAGCCAGCAGCGACGGGUACAACGCUAAAAACGACGCGGCAACAAAGGGGCAAAAAAGUAUCGAUAACGAGGUUCGACCACGAAGAAUCGACAACACGGCGCAAUCCAUGUCAUCCAGGGGUAGUGGCUCGAACAUUCUGGCGCAAUCUAGAGCGGCCAUCUGCAUAAUCCUACUAUCUGCCCUGUCGUAGUCACGUCAGUGUCCGCAGAAAAGAAUGAUUGUUCGGGGUAAAAUCCUUCAAGGAUCAAGAUUCGUCCUGUUCAUCGUCAUUUAUCCUCAUCCGCGAAAGGGAUCAAUUAAUGGGUGUGCAUCGACGACACUUUAUCAACCAUAUGCGACUGAAACGGCCGAAACUAAUUUCUUUGUCGCGAAAAUUUCCAUUUCGAAUUUUAACGUCCGAUCCAAAGUGUUUUCAGCGUUCA